UACUUGAUCUUGUAAAGAGUAAGACAAUUGUUUAAGACGAUGUCUAGCUAGGCUAAUUUAAGACAUUGUUUUUAAAAAAAAAAUUCCAGAUCCCACUAAUAAAAAGAGAAUCAACAUGCAACCUUAAAGGCUUAAACCAUUUCCCUUUAGUCUCUCUUGACUGUCAUAGCUCUUCCAGUUCCCACAACAUUACCAAAGAUAUACCAAAACAUCAAAAUUUACUUAAAACAAAAAGUAAUGGAGGCUGCAAAAGUGUACACCCAAGAUGGCACCGUCGACCUCCAGGGCCGUCCCGCCCUCGCGUCCAGGACCGGUCGUUGGAGAGCUUGCUAUUUCCUUCUUGGGUAUGAAGCGUGUGAGCGGAUGGCGUUUUAUGGAAUAGCUUCGAAUUUGGUGAAUUAUUUGACAACGAGACUUCAUGAAGACACGAUUUCUUCGGUUAGAAAUGUAAAUAACUGGUCCGGUGUCGUGUGGAUCACUCCGAUCGCCGGAGCUUACAUCGCCGACACAUACAUUGGCCGCUUCUGGACUUUUACUGUCUCCUCCCUCAUCUACGUUCUGGGGAUGAUUCUCUUAACAAUGGCAGUAACGGUAAAAUCCUUAAGACCGACAUGCAGGAACGGGCUGUGCAACAAGGCAUCCUCUUUACAAAAAGCAUUUUUCUACAUGUCUCUAUAUACGAUAGCCACUGGAGCCGGUGGAACAAAACCUAACAUUUCCACGUUUGGAGCGGACCAAUUCGACGAUUACAGUAUUAGAGAGAGAAAACAAAAGGAUUCGUUCUUCAAUUGGUGGACGUUUAGCUCCUUUUCGGGUGCGUUAUUCGCGACACUAGGGCUCGUCUACAUCCAAGAGAAUCUUGGGUGGGGUUUAGGUUAUGGCAUCCCUACCCUAGGACUCUUGGUUUCUCUAGUUGUGUUCUAUAUCGGGACACCGUUUUAUAGGCAUAAGGUCAUCAAAUCAGACAAUUUGGCCAAAGCUUUGGUUCGAGUCCCUAUCGCAGCAUUCAAAAACCGAAAGCUUCAUUGUCCGAAUGACCUUUUGGAGCUUCAUGAGCUUGACUCCCAUUACUACAACAGCACUGGUAAACAUCAUGUUCAUCACACCCCCAUAUUCAGGUACUUGGAUAAAGCUGCCAUUAAGACAUCUUCCAGAGAGUCACCUUGUACUGUGACAGAAGUGGAAGUGGCAAAGCGUGUGCUAGGGCUUACCUUAAUAUGGCUUGUCACUUUAAUCCCAAGCACCUUAGGGGCACAAGUCAAUACUCUCUUUGUCAAACAAGGGACCACAUUGGACCGAAAACUCGGAUCCCACUUCCAAAUCCCUGCGGCUUCGCUGGGAGGCUUUGUUACCCUCUCAUUGCUUCUUUCAAUUCCAAUAUAUGACCAAUACUUUGUUCCCUUCAUGCGCAAGAAAACUGGAAACCCUAGAGGGAUCACCAUACUCCAAAGGCUAGGGAUAGGGUUUUUGAUCCAAAUUGUUGCAAUAGCUGUUGCUUCGGCUGUAGAGGUCAAGAGGAUGCACGUAAUAAAAGAAUUUCACAUAACUAACCCUAAACAAGUUGUGCCUAUGAGCAUUUUCUGGUUGCUCCCUCAAUACUGUCUUCUGGGCAUUGGGGGUGUGUUUGACGCGAUUGGUUUGCUUGAGUUUUUCUACGAUCAGUCACCUGAGGAGAUGCAGAGCCUUGGGACAACGUUUUUUACCAGUGGGAUCGGUCUUGGAAAUUUCUUGAACAGCUUCUUGAUGACAAUGAUUGAUAAGAUCACAAGUAAAGGGGGAGGCAAGAGUUGGAUUGGGGAUAACUUGAACGAUUCUAGGCUAGAUUACUAUUAUGGGUUUCUAAUGGUGAUUUCGAUUGUGAACAUGGGAUUGUUCUUGUGGGCAGCUAGCAAGUAUAUUUACAAGAGUGAUGAGACCAAAGAGUUUAAUGGAGGAUGUGUUCAAAUGGAGGUAAAUCCUUAGAUACAUCUCCUCUUACUAUCUAGCUAUAACAAUGAGUGAUUUAUAUAUACGGUUUUCUAAAAAAACAUGUAAGUUGUGGUAUUUUGAUUGACAUGAUAUGAAUAAAACUUUAGUGUUUAUCCUAA